CCCGCCCACGCCCUGAACCUGCUCCCUUACCCCAGGCUGAGCGAGGUGCCGAGAGCCGGACACGAGCUGGAUGCUGUCGGCGCGGAGAUCCCCUCCGACCCCUGCACAGGCUACAGAUUUUUCAAGCCCGGCAAUUUGUUCGGUAUCAAACAGUCGGAGGAGCCGUACGCCGAAGGCCAGCAGAUGCAGGAGGAGAGCAAGAUCCUCGUCAGCCCCUGUGCGGCCGGCCUCGGCCCGCUCUCCAGCCGGGUGGCCUGCUGGGUGCCGCAGCUCGGCCCCAGCCCUUUCCGCUGCGCCCAGUGCGGCAAAGGCUUCCGCCAGAAGCAAAGCCUCAUCACCCACGAGAGGAUCCACACCGGAGAGAAACCCUACCGGUGCGGGGACUGCGGGAAGAGCUUCAGCCAGCGGCCCAACCUCCUGACCCACCGCCGCGUGCACACGGGGGAGCGCCCCUUCCCCUGCGCCCAGUGCGGCAAGAGCUUCAGCCAGAAGGCCAACCUCCUGGCCCACCAGCGCAUCCACGCCGCCGGGGAGAAGGCGCUGGCGGGGGGCGAGCAGGAGGACGGCGCUUCCGGCAAGCCGAAGCUGCGAUCCCAGCAGCGGAGUUACCAGGAGGACACCCCCUUCGUCUGCCCCGAGUGCGGGAAGAGCUUCAGGCAGAAGCCCAACCUCAUCACCCACCGGAGGAUCCACACCGGCGAGCGCCCCUUCACCUGCUUCCUCUGCGGACGGAGCUUCAACCAAAAGACCAACCUGGUCACCCACUACCGCGUGCACACGGGGGAGCGCCCCUUCGCCUGCGCCCAGUGCGGCAAGCGCUUCACCCAGAAAACCAACCUGGUGACCCACCAGAGCACCCACACGGACCUCCGCCCCUACCCCUGCGGGCAGUGCCAGAAGUGCUUCAAGGACAAAGUCUCCCUCAAAGCCCACCAGAAGACUCACGCCCCGCGCCAGCGGCGCUGCCCGGGCCGCAUCCUGGGACACCUGGGGGUGCAGCCCGUCCUCGGGGACGGGACCCCCCCGCCUCCCCCGGCCCCCGGGGCGGAGAAGCCCUUCAUCUGCAACCAGUGCGGCAACAGCUUCGGCCUGUGGCUCUCCCUCGUGGCCCACCAGAAGACCCACGUCGGGCAGAAGCCCUACCCGUGCCCUGAGCACGGGAAAAGCUCGGGCGACGAGCUGUCCCCCAAAACUCCCCAGGAGAAGCAGGCGGAGGGGAGAGCCUGGGUGUGCCCCGAGUGCGGGAGGAGCUUCGCCCAGUACGAGCGUUUGGCAAAGCACCGGCAAAACCACCGGGGCAGAGGGCCCUACCGCUGCGACGUCUGCGGCAAGAGGUUCAGCCUGAAGACCAACCUGGUGACCCACCAGCGCAUCCACACCGGCGAGCGCCCCUUCACCUGCGGCGUCUGCGGCCGGCGCUUCAACCAGAAGGGCAACCUGGUCACCCACUACCGCACGCACACGGGCGAGCGCCCCUUCGCCUGCGCCCAGUGCGGCAAGCGCUUCGCCCAGAAGCCCAACCUCAUCGCCCACCAGAAGACCCACACCGGCCGGCAGCCCUUCACCUGCCUGGAGUGUCCCAAGCGCUUCAAGAGCAAGCUCUCCCUGCGGGUCCACCAGCGAGUGCACGCAGCCGAGAGACCCCCGGGCGAGCCGGGCCGGGCCCCCGGUCCGCAGAACCACCCCCAGGCGCCCAUGACAGACCUGGCUUCGCCUGCGGGCGAGAACCCCUUCGCCUUCCCGGGCGGCGAGGAGGGCCUGGGGGAUGAGAAGGCGCUGGUGAUCCACAGCCAGGCGGAGGAGGAGGCGGAGAAGGAGUUCAAGUGCAUCCUCUGCGGGGAAUGCUUCGGCCAGCAGCCCAGCCUCGCCCGGCACCAGAAGCACCACGCCGGGGAACGCGCCUUCAUCUGCGCCGAGUGCGGCAAAGCCUUCAGCCUCAAGCACAACCUCAUCAUCCACCAGCGCAUCCACACCGGGGAGCGUCCCUACCAGUGCGGCGUCUGCCAGAAGAGCUUCAGCCUCAAGCAGAACCUGCUCACCCACCAGCGCAUCCACACCGGGGAGCGUCCCUACCAGUGCGGCGUCUGCCAGAAGAGCUUCAGCCUCAAGCAGAACCUGCUCACCCACCAGCGCAUCCACACCGGGGAGCGUCCCUACCAGUGCGGCGUCUGCCAGAAGAGCUUCAGCCUCAAGCAGAACCUGCUCACCCACCAGCGCAUCCACACCGGGGAGCGUCCCUACCAGUGCGGCGUCUGCCAGAAGAGCUUCAGCCUCAAGCAGAACCUGCUCACCCACCAGCGCAUCCACACCGGGGAGCGUCCCUACCAGUGCGGCGUCUGCCAGAAGAGCUUCAGCCUCAAGCAGAACCUGCUCACCCACCAGCGCAUCCACACCGGGGAGCGUCCCUACCAGUGCGGCGUCUGCCAGAAGAGCUUCAGCCUCAAGCAGAACCUGCUCACCCACCAGCGCAUCCACACCGGGGAGCGUCCCUACCAGUGCGGCGUCUGCCAGAAGAGCUUCAGCCUCAAGCAGAACCUGCUCACCCACCAGCGCAUCCACACCGGGGAGCGUCCCUACCAGUGCGGCGUCUGCCAGAAGAGCUUCAGCCUCAAGCAGAACCUGCUCACCCACCAGCGCAUCCACAGCGGCGAGAAGCCCUUCUCCUGCCAGCGCUGCGGGAAGCGCUUCCGCGAGCACAGCCUGCUGAUGGGCAACUGUCGGCGCGGCUACGUGCGUGAGUGGUCGCACCCCUGCACCGAGUGCGGGAAGCGUUUCCGUCUGAAAAUCAACCUCAUCAUCCACCAGCGGAGCCACGCCAAAGAGGGGCCCUACGAAUGCACGAUGUGCGAGAUCAGCUUCGCGGACAAACGCCACCUGGACCUUCACCAGAGCAUCCACAUAAAAGACAGGGCCUUUGGGGCCAAGGUCUGGGGGAACGUCCACCCGGAGCUGAGGAUCCGGCCGAGGAGGAAGUUCUGCGGGGCUUUCUGCGGAGGUGCCCACAGCCUGGGCAACGGGAUGUAUGCUGGGGGGCCCUGGCUGGGCCAGGCCAAGGAGGAGCUGGACAGAGGGAGCCUGUCCAGCGCGUGUUUCUCCCGACAGCAGAGUCCUAAGUCUCGUAGGAAGUCCGUGCUGAAAUGCAGUCUUUGCAAAAAGAUCCUCUCUGGCACGUGUUCCCUUCAGCGGCACCUGCAGACCCACUCGCAGGACAGGCCGUAUUGCUGCACCACCUGCAAGAAAUGCUUCACCCGCAAAACCCACCUCUCGCGCCACGAGAAAAUACACGACCGCCAGAAAGCCCUGGCUGCGCUCCAACAGCCCGCGACCGUCGUGCCACAGGGAGCCCCGGGGGCGCCCGCGGGCGCCCGCGUUCCUUGCUCACCAGCCCAGGCAUCCGAGAGAAACGUGAGCCCUGCAGCCGCCGCAGCCAAAGCGGUUCCAGCAAACCUGGUCAGUCCUGCGGAACUCGGACCGCCGGAGAAGAACUGCCACAUCCACGGCUGGGGCGGGAGAGCCGUCCAGCCUGUGGUUAGACUGGGAAAUAGGGCGGCGGUUUCGGGGGUGACGGAGAAAUGACACCAGGAGAGAUCCGAACUGCUUGUGUCCCUGGAGGGAAACUGUGAGCGUUGAUUUUGCACAUGGUGGGGCACUGGGGUUGUGAACCGUCUGUCCGCUGGAUUUUAGGAGCUUUCCUGAAUUGUAGAAGGAAUCAAAAGCUUGGAUACCACCAUAGAGAGCAAAUUACAGAAGCCUCCGGUGAUCCAAAAUGCUUUACCGUUCCUCAGACUCUCGUGUCUGCUGGCCGAUGCACGAAAUUUUCCCAAGCUGACCUUCCUGGGAGAUCACCAGGGACGUCUCCUGCAGCCCAGCGAGAGGACCUGCAAACAGCAGCUGAGGUCACCCAUUACUUGAUGCUGGAGCUCCCCCCUCGCAUUUGGAAAUACAAUUACACGGCGAAGAGGACAGAGAGAAGGGAAUCAAGCUGGCGAGCCAGGCGGGGUUCCCAGGGAGCUCUUCACCGACAAAGUUCCUUGACCAAGACGCCGGAUGAAGAGAGCGUGGCAUCUCUGAGACCCCAUCGCGUCCUGGCCGCGCUUGUCCAAUUACCCACCCUGCUGAGGAAAUCCGCUGACCCCUCGGUCAGGUUGGGAACACCUGAGCGUUGCAUCGGAAGAUACGUCGAACAAACCAAACCGCGGUAUUUUCUGCUUGCGAGGGUGCUGCGGGUGUUUCUGAGGUCCCCGCAGCACUCCUGCCUUCAACCAGGCCAGCCCGCGAGAGCCAGAAACACCCACGAGAGUCAAUUCCCUCAGGAUCAGCCUGCACAGAUGGAGAGUCACUUUAGAAAUACUUCACGGGUAAGACGACCCCUGCGCUGCAGCAGCAGUCCACGCGAGGACCCCUCCGUGGGGCUCGGGCCUGUCGGCUGCCGCGCGCCGACGCUGGCUCUUGCACGGGAGCAGCCCCCUCCGCUCGGCCCCGCUGCGGAAGGGAGCCCCCACUCUCCAAACUGCAGGUCGUCUCCUUUAGUCACGUGCAAAAUCCCACCGUAACUAAUCCUAUGGAAGACUAGUUCUGCUAGCUACCUCAAACGUCGUGUGAAGUGAGACCUGCCCAGAGGCAGACGGGCAACUGGAGCCCGGUAAGCGAUGAAAGCCAGGCCAGGUGCGGCUCCGGCGUCCCCAAGAAUCACUCGAACUGCACGUGUCCACAGCCAGAGCCCGCACGUGACGCACGCAGCUGCUGGAAAGCACGAGUCAUGUACGGAGAGAGGACAUCGGUCCUGGUGGCGUCACCGCGCAGACCAAACGGAGCAGCUGUUACGACUCUUGAGUUUAGUUUUCUGGGUUUUGGGUUUUUUUCAUUGAGUUGUUUGAUGUAAUUAUCUGACGUCACUAAGUCUCUGUCCCUCUCUGGGCAGGGAGUUUGCU